AUGGCGCAGACACGCCUUCCGCAACAGCAGGGGCAGCAGCAGCAGCAGCAGCAGCCUCCGCCCCAGUUCUCUACCCAUCCCUUCUCUCCUCCAGUCUCCUCGCCCUCACCCCACAACGCCACAUCGCCCAUCAAUGGAGGCGCCGCACCUCCGCCUCAAAAGAAGCCACGACUGUCGCCACUUCCCUCGUCACAAUCGCAGUCGCCGUAUGCCUCCCCCAGCUUCGGCGCAAUGCAACUUCCUCCAAGCCAACCUCCAAUGAACGGAGUCGGCGCGAAUAUCAUGACAUCCACCCCCACCCACGCACCGCCCGCCCAAGGGACGAUGGGGCCUCCUUCACGUCCUGUCGACAAGACGACUGAUGCGGCUGAGCUGACGGAUGUGCUGGCAUCGUCCGGUAUUGAUGUUAGGGAAGAAGAGGCGUUUCUCACGCGCAGCUUCUCCGGGCCGAAUGCGCAGGCGCAGGCGCCCAAUAGAGCUCAGCAGUCGCAACAGCCACCGCCUAUCAACACCUCUUUUGCCUCGCAGGCGUCCGCAACAGGGACUCUUUCUGCUUCCAGCAGUUUCGGUGAACUGCCCCACGCCAAGGCAGCCAUCGCACAGGGCUCAUUCUCAUCUGAGCCAGCUUCACAAACCUCAUUUCUCAGCAAUCCUCCGAGCCGUGCAGAUACAGAGGCUGCGCGAAGAGCGCAAUACCAUCUCCAAGAACCAUUCCUCUUCGCAAAGCUUCUGGAACAGAAAAUUCAGAAGCGUGGGUUUGACCUUGGAGUACGCAUUCCUUCAGAAGGCUUGUUUCAUCCCGUGCCCGGCCGACAGGCUCCGAUCGAAGUUACUGGUCCGGAUGGGUCAUCGGUUGUGCGAACCGGUCAGACCAUUCUCAAUCAGGAGGGCGCUCCUCUUGUGGACAUCCUGAAUCUCAUGUCUUUGUCGUGCGAGGAGCGUCUAAGGGGGGUGAUUGACUAUUCUUCUACGCUGGCGCGUAGCCGAAGAGCGCACUCCCACGGAGUGGUUCCUGACGCGUGGGUUGAUGUUGCGCAGCCUCUGGGUCCAAUCGCAGGAAAUACCGUAACCCCUUCAAAAAGUAAGGACAGCCACCAUUCGAAUGCGUUUAGGCUUAUUGGCAUACUAAUGUACAUUCUAGGACCUAAUCCAGAUACCGUGGAAGCUGCCAAGAAACCCGUGGCAGAGAGUUACCGGGGGCUCAUCACAAAAGAAAACUCGCAGGAGAAUAAGCGCGCAGCGAAAAGAACCAAGAGAAGCGCCAGUGCAAUCGUCGGUGAAAGCACAGGCAAUCGAUCCGACUCUGCCGACAUUAUGGGCUCAGCCCCCUCUACCCCGAUCGGGGAGAGGGCGCCCAGCUUCGACAGCAAAAAGUCGAUGACAAAGAAGGAGGCAAAGAAAUUGAUGGACACCAAGGCCAACGAGGUUCAACAGCACCAGCAGUCUGUGGAAACGGCGCGACUUGCCACGAACUCCAUGCUUUCUGGCCGCAUGUUUGGAGCCAAAAAGUCCUAUUCAUGGUUAAAACCCGGAGGCUCCUCCAGUGGGUUCUCAACCCCGUCUCGACCCGCUCCUCCGACUCCAACCACUGGGCCCGAGAAGCCCAAUCGUUCGGGAGAAAACGGGGCCGGCCAAUCAAAGCGACGGCUUGGGACAUGGCGAGAGGAUCAGGAGAAGGGGCGAGGGAUUCAAGUUCGGGACAUCUUGUUUGCUGUCGAGGCAGACGGUCGAGCUAGCAAGCAUGUUCAAAAGGGCUACUCAAGGGACCCGAAGGAGGAUCGUGGAGUUUGA